CUCACUCAUCCUGACUUUUUCCCUCUCUCGCUUCCCUCUGCUGAUAAUUUGCAUGGAGAAAAGGAAAGGAUUGCUAAUUCGAUUACAACGAUGGAUUAAUUAUAUUGAUUGGGAAAUAGAUCGCUAAUUAAUUUCAUGUGUAAUUCGUUUACACUAUUUAGAUUGGCUAAUUCGGCAGUGGAGCUAUUUUCGAUCUGGACUAGAGAGUUUUUCUGUGUGUUUUCUGGUUGAAUUAGGGAUUGUGUAUUAUUCAUUUGCUGGUAAAUUAGCUCUCUAUCUGUUGUUUGUUUGUGUUGGUGAUUGUAUUUGUAUUCAAUUAGUGUUUUGUUUGUGAUUAGUUGGGAGGAGUGUGGAUUUGAAUGUUGAGCUUGAGUUUAUCAUAAUGGGAGACUGGUACUGAGUAUUAUGUAUAUGAUGUAUCAGUGGAGCUGAAAGUGAUUUAGGAUUGCACGGAUAUUUUUUGUUCUCAAUAUUUUUCCUUAAAUGUUUAAUUGGAGGUUAUUUGGUGUAUAUCAGGCUUAAUAGGGACGGAUUGUAAAUAAAUUAUGUAGGAUCUACUUUUUAUUGUCAAACUUUGGUUAUUAGGGAUCCAUAUAUGUAGUCUUGAUUACAGGUUGUUCGUGUUUUUGUUUUUUCGGUUGUUUUUAUUUGCUUAUAUCAGAAUGUACCGAUCUGGUUGUUUUUAUUUGAUUGUAAUUUCGAAAGUCUUCAUGCAGUGCUGAUUCAGUGAAGGAAUAUGACCUUUAAAUUUUCGUGUCUCUAAUGUUUCUGACUCUGUGUAUUUAUACAGGACUGUGUGUAUUUAACUAUUUAUACAGAUUACCCUUAUUUUUUCUAGUCCAGCUUGUUGUUUGAUUCAUGUUUAUGUUUAUGCAUAGGCCAGAUGGUAUGUGUACUUGUUAUACUAUGCACAUUUACUGUUUGAUUCGAACACAUUAUUAAGAUGAGACGCUUAUGGUGGAUACUGUAUAAAUAUGAACAGUGUGCGCAUAUGCUUUAGAUGGCUGUUACCAUUCUUCCUCUUGCCUAUAUCAUAUGCAGUGAUGCAAUUAGGCUUUAUUUUCUCUGUUAUCAUGUGUCUGUAGGUGUGUUUGUUUUGUGUUUCUAAGCCUUGUUGUAUGUCAAUUUCCAGCUUACUUGCACAGUAAUUGAUGUAACUUUGUCUAGUGGGUUAGAUGGGUUAGAAAACAUUUUCAAAUAUGAACAGUUCAAAUACCUUUUUAAUGCAUUUCCCAAUGAUUCUUUUGCCCCUCAUUUGUGAUAAUUAAUUUAUGUGCAUGCAUACACCGGUACUUACUCAUUUUCUCUUCCAUCUUUGUUGCAGAAGGUGCUUUUGUUGUUUAUGUGGCCAUUCAAAAGGUCCAAUAUAUCUGCCAAUUGCCACUUUGAUGAGCUUACAGUGCAUGCUUAUGAAUAUAAUUUAUCUGAUAAAAUUGCUAGUAAACAUAUUUGGACAUUUUUGUUUGCUUGUAUGCAACUUCUGGCAAAAUGGGCUCCAAAGGAAGGCUGCUAUUUGAUCUUAAUGAACCACCUGCUGAAAAUGAGGAUGAUAAUAAUAAUGAUAGUGUUAUUUGCUUCCAGCCUCAGAGGGCUAUCCCUUCGAUUACUGCACCAACUGACUUGUUUGUGGCAUCUGCGGGUCCUCAAGGCAUAGUAAAUAACAAUGCUUUCUCCCAUGCUUCUUCUGUAUCUGGUUUCCAGCCUUUCGUCAGGUCUAAAGUUGUUCAGGGACCUGAUGUUUCUGAUGAAAAAAAGAGUUUCAUUGAUGUGCUUACCAAUGUUGCUCCUUCAUCCAAGUCGAGUAAUGGCCAGGCUAUGAAGGCCUCACCAAUUGUACAAUCAGGUUUAGAUGUUCAGGAUGCGGAGAAGGAAGAAGGGGAAUGGUCUGAUGCAGAGGGCUCAGAUGGUGCUUACAAAAGAAAUGGUCUUCGCGAAGAAUCAACUGGUGCUACUGAUGAACAGGCUUUGGAGAAAAGCACAGUUGAGAUGAUUGAGAACAAUGUCCAUGCUCCAGGUGUUGAUACUAUAUCUCCUAAUCAUGAUGUAAAGAAUGAAAAUGGUGGCCCUUGGGAGAAGAAUCCAGAAACAAAUGAUAACAAAGGUGAUGCAUCCAUGGAUGGUUCGGAAGAAUCUGCUCCUGUACCAAAACAAAGAGAAGUUAAAGGAAUUGAAGCUAAUCAUGCAUUGAAGUAUGGAAAUAGUAUUGGAAAGCGUCCUAAGCUGGACCAGCAUAAGGAAGCAAUGUUAGGGAAGAAGCGCAGCAGGCAGACCAUGUUUCUCAAAUUAGAAGAUGUUAAGCAAGCUGGUGUUUUGAAGUCCUCGACUCCUAGAAGGCAGAUUCCUGCACCAACUAUAAUCCGGACUAUGAAAGAAACCUGCCCUACUCAGGGAUCUGCUGAACGUGGGGAUAAGCAAAGUCAGCCUGUAGUUAGAGAUGCGAAACAAGCUGAUCUGUUGAGCAAUGAAGGAAAUAGUUUUGUGGAGUCAAAUGAGUGUAAGUCUGAGAGUAAUGAUGACCAUAGUUCUGGCUCUACUGGAGCUCAUAGGAAGUUCAAUGCUGUGACUGAUGCUUUAUCAGAAGGACAAACACCACUGUUUCGGAAGCUGCCUCCUGACACAAGGCAACAUAAGAAUUCGCAGUUCACUGGUAGGAAACCAGCUAUUACCAGCCAGAAUUUGGUUGAUUCUAAAUUAGCUACUAAAAAGCUACCUACCAAGAAGCAAACUUCCAUAAGCAACCAGUAUCAAGAUUCUUCAGUGGAACGCCUUCUGCGUGAGGUUACAAAUGAAAAAUUUUGGCAUCAUCCAGAGGAAGAGGAGCUUCAACGUGUUCCGGGUAGCUUUGAUUCAGUUGAGGACUAUAUCAGGGUAUUUGAGCCCCUGCUUUUUGAAGAAUGCCGGGCACAGCUUUAUAGUACCUGGGAGGAGUCAUUAGAAACAGUUCCAAAUCAUGUUAGGGUAUGCAUAAAAAGCAUUGAACGACGGGAAAGAGGAUGGUUUGAUGUGAUUCUUACUCCACCACAUGAAUACAAAUGGACAUUCAAAGAAGGAGAAGUUGCAGUUCUUUCAUCCCCCAGGCCCGGAGCAGUUCAUAUUAGGAGGAAUAAUAGUUCCAUGGCUCUAGAAGAUGAGGAGAAGCCUGAAGUUAGUGGCCGUGUAGCUGGGACAGUCAGGAGAUAUAUACCUAUUAAUACCAGAGAGUACACUGGGGCAAUCCUUCACUUUUAUGUUGGAGAUUUAUAUGAUUCUAACAGCAAGAUCGAUGAUGACCAUAUUCUGCGGAAGCUCCAUCCUGGGGCUGUAUGGUACCUGACUCAGCUUGGUUCUCUCGCAACCACACAGCGGGAAUACGUUGCUCUGCAUGCAUUUCGUCGUCUUAAUAUGCAGAUGCAGAAUGCUAUUCUUCAGCCCAGUCCAGACCAGUUCCCAAAAUAUGAAGAACAGCCACCUGCUAUGCCUGAUUGCUUUACUUCAAACUUUGUUGAACACCUUCGUAGAACUUUUAAUGGACCCCAGUUAGGUGCGAUUCAAUGGGCUGCAACACAUACAGCUGCUGGUACAUCAAAUGGCAUGACAAAGAAAUCAGAGCCAUGGCCCUUUACUUUGGUCCAGGGUCCUCCCGGCACCGGUAAAACGCAUACUGUUUGGGGAAUGCUUAAUGUGAUCCACCUCGUCCAGUACCAGCACUACUAUACAGCAUUGCUAAAGAAACUGGCACCUGAAAGCUAUAAGCAGAUUAAUGAGGCCAACUCAGACAGUGUGGCCUCUGGUUCUAUUGAUGAAGUUCUGCAGAGUAUGGAUCAGAAUCUAUUCCGGACACUUCCAAAACUUUGCCCAAAGCCCAGAAUGCUCGUGUGUGCUCCUUCAAAUGCGGCAACUGAUGAGUUGCUUUCACGUGUGCUUGACCGUGGAUUUAUUGAUGGAGAAAUGAAGGUUUAUCGACCCGAUGUUGCUCGAGUCGGUGUGGAUUCUCAGACUAAAGCUGCUCAGGCAGUUUCUGUGGAACGAAGGACCGAGCAACUUUUAUCCAAAAAUCGUGAUGAGGUCCAUGGAUGGAUGCACAGUUUGAGGAUUCGUGAAAAUCAGUUAUCUCAGCAAAUUGCUUGCCUUCGAAGAGAACUUAAUGCUGCUGCAGUUAAUGGACGUGCACAGGGAUCUGUUGGUGUUGAUCCUGAUGUUCUUCUGGCAAGAGAUCAAAACCGAGAUGCAUUACUCCAAAACCUUGCGGCGGCUGUAGAAAAUAGAGAUAAAACUCUGGUUGAGAUGUCCCGACUUCUCAUUGUGGAAGCUAGAUUUCGAGCUGGUAGUAACUUUAAUUUGGAGGAAGCACGAGCAAAUCUGGAGGCAAGUUUUGCCAAUGAAGCUGAAAUUGUUUUCACCACUGUCUCGAGUAGUGGACGCAAGUUGUUCUCUCGUCUAACUCAUGGCUUCGACAUGGUUGUCAUUGAUGAAGCAGCACAGGCUAGUGAAGUGGCAAUUCUACCUCCACUUUCUCUUGGUGCAGCUCGUUGUGUUCUUGUAGGGGAUCCCCAGCAGCUACCGGCCACUGUUAUUAGUAAGGCAGCCGGAACCCUGCUGUAUAGUAGAAGCCUGUUUGAGAGGUUUCAGCAGGCAGGCUGCCCAACAAUCCUUUUAUCUGUGCAAUAUAGAAUGCAUCCUCAUAUUAGGGAUUUUCCUUCGAGACACUUUUACCAAGGUCGUCUUACAGACAGUGAGAGUGUCAUUAAUUUGCCAGACGAAAAAUAUUACAAAGAUCCUCUACUGAGGCCUUAUAUCUUUUUUGAUAUCAGUCAUGGGCGUGAGUCCCAUCGGGGGAGUUCCGUGUCUUAUCAAAAUACCCAAGAAGCACAGUUUUGCGUUCGUUUAUAUGAGCACCUUCAGAAGUCUAUAAAAUCAUUGGGCAUUGGGAAAGUGUCUGUUGGCAUCAUUACUCCAUAUAAGCUGCAGUUGAAAUGUCUCCAAAGGGAGUUCAAGGAUGUUCUGAAUUCAGAUGAAGGAAAAGACAUCUAUAUUAAUACAGUGGAUGCGUUCCAAGGCCAAGAACGUGAUGUCAUAAUUAUGUCUUGUGUGCGCGCAUCGAGUCAUGGAGUUGGGUUCGUUGCGGACAUCCGUAGGAUGAAUGUUGCUCUUACUCGAGCGAGAAGAGCUCUCUGGGUAAUGGGAAAUGCAAAUGCGCUGGUGCAGUCUGAUGAUUGGGCUGAGCUAAUUGAUGAUUCCAAAGCACGAAGCUGUUACUUAGACAUGGAUUCUCUGCCUAAAGAGUUUAUCCCCGAGACUCCUGCCUAUGGCGCUUUUCCCUCCAAGCUUGCUGGUGGGAGGGGCUUGAGAUCUGGGCCAAGAUAUAGACCAUAUGAUUCGCAAGUAUAGUCCGGAUGUGGCACACCGUUGGAAGAAGAUGGAAAAAUCGAACAUCUUUAAAAUUCCAAGGAAUGGCGCUUAAGGCCAGGUGCAGAUUCGAUGGAUGACUUUGAUCAAUCUACCGACAAAUCUCGAGAUGCCUGGCAACCCGGCAUACAAAAGAAGCAGAAUACCACUGGUAUUCUUGGAAAACGAGAUGUGAAUAUGGUUGUGGUCUUGAAAGUACUAUUCAAAAACCAUUGAUAAAGCCGGUUAGUGCCCAGGAGAGGAAGGGGUUCGAGCGAAUGAACCCAACUUGGGGCAAUGUCAGGAAGAUGGGCUUCGUCGUCAAAAACAUAUCUAUGAAAAACGAGGCUACUUGGUGUGGACCUUUGCGUUUUGGCAAGAUAACAUUGAGCUUGCAGUUCGCUUGGUCACCUCAAUACGUUGCUAGUGUCCGGGUGAGCGAAGUGAAAUCCCUUCCUCAGGUACUGAUUAGAUCUCCUCAUUGAGUUUCUUGAGGUGGAUUAUCUAAUUCGUUUGCAGCUCAACACGUAUCUAGCAACGUAUGACCAUGGUUAAACAGAGCUGUCGGGAACCGGCUCCUCUUUGAUGCGGGGAAAUGGAAUAUAUUUCCAGGAGGGCUGGUGACCGAUAGUCGGAAUCUUACUGCAUAUUCGCAAUGAUCGCCGGAGAUGUGAAUCGGCUUAGUUUUUCCACACCGGAAAAGGCGUUGUAUAGAAUGUAGUUGCGCUAGGAAAAUUCUUUUAAAGAUGAAAAAAGGACUAUCAUAAAAAAAUUUGAAUUAAUCCAAAUGAUUGAUUUCUUUUAGUUACA